GACUGCUUAUAAAUACGGAGACAGUCUGCAGAGCAACACUCACAAGUCAAGCAUCGUUCUCACCAGAAGAGUACCUGAUCACCGAACAGCAUGGGCCAAUCUACAGACUGGGUUCCCUCCUUGUGGAUGGACACCUUUGCAGAAUUGCUGGACGACGACGACGACAGUGAGCUGGACUAUGGAGACCAGUGGUCUCUCAACUUUAACUACAGCCUGACAGACAAACUCGCCAUGAAUGAGAGAAAGAAAGGCUGGAAGAUCUACUGCUACUCUGGCUUUGCAAAUUUCCAGUGUGCAUCUUGCAGCAAGGUCUGGCAUUCAGCCAAGGUGACGCUGUUGUUCCAUUACCGGCUGAGAAGUGAACGGGGGUCUGUGAUCAUGAGGCCCUUUGGACAGGCCUGUCGCAGUUGCAACAACAAUCAGUUUGAACUCCCAGGUUUUUCCCAGGAAGAGGUGGAAAGAGCCUUGCUCAGACUGUUUGCCAAAAUUCGGAAGAAUUGCUACGGAGAGGAGCAGGACAGUGAUGAUUGUGGUCCAGUUGACAAGAAGUUUACCAAACCUCAUGAGAAGAGCUUGUGUCAGGCCUGCAGUCAGGGCAUCUGCUGUCAGGAGGAUGAUGAUGAUGAUGAUGAUUAGAAGUGUGUGUGCAUGUGUGAGUGUGUGUUAGUGUGUGAGACAGAUGCAAAGAGAGAUUGAAGGUGACUAGCCAUCAGGUUGUGUGUUGAUUAGGUCAGAUGUUCCUUUGCCGUUUGUAUGACCCCAUUUUCCUAUUUUCAAGUUGGCUAAUUUUGUAAUUUUUGUUGUGUUGUACCAUUAAAACCAACAAUAAAAAAGUUCUUUUUUAGCAUCAGCACCAAUAAUACCAUUGUUCAAGUAAAUAUGUAAAAAAAGUUUAUAUUUUUUUGUCGCUAUUAAUAAAUUCUUAAGUUCUUGUA